AUGGAGACCAAUAGUGAACUGAUCCGAAAACGUGCUGAAGUGGCAUUAGAAAUCACGAAGGACCUGCUAGUUGAUGACGACGACGACGACGACGGCGGAGAUAUCGACGAGGAGGAGGAUUGCUGUGGUGAUUAUGACGAAUUAGAGGAGGAAUCGAGAGAAACCGAUCGUGACAGUGACAGUGGAACAACAAGCAAUGCGCAGGAUGCAAAAACGGAAAAACACAAACGUAAAGGAUCGCGUGAAAAGAAAGGCUGGCUGAACACUGUAGCAGGUGUAAUAAUGCGUCCUUUGGGUAGUAAGCUGAAAUGGAACAUCAAUUUUAAUCUAGAUGUUCAAGCGUCGAACAAGACCGGUCAAGCGAAGGGAAACUCAAAACGAAACGCUGAUGCUCCAUCUUCCAGCAACAGCCAGCAGCCGACCUCUGCUGAUGCUGUAGCGAUAAAAAAUCUUAAGGCGGAGAACAGACGUCUGGGAAAAUUAGCUGAUACUAUUUUAAACGAGUGUAUUCAGUUGAAAGAAAAAGCGAGUGAACUUGUAGAGGCGAAUGAGCAACUGCGAUCAAGUAGAGUUGAAUGUGAGCGUUUGGAGAAAGAAAUUAGCAAACUAAAAGGCUGUCGAGAGAGCUUGAUGGCGAAACAUGCUGCUGAGUCCGAAAGACAUCGUGUUACGGUGGCGCAACUCGAAAAGAAGGUGGAAGACACGUGUGCGCAAUUAGCUGAUAUGGCAAACAAGUGUGACGAACUGUGUCGGGUUGGGCAGGGUAAAGAUAAAGAGCUUGAUACGGUUACAAAGCAAAGAGAGGCUAUUGCGCAAGAGCUACAGAAAACCACAGAGGAACACCGGAUUAGGUUUGAUAAUCUAACAGAAAGUCUGACAAAAAUGGAGAAUGAGAAAAUCGAAAUAACCGAGCGAAAUGCACUCAUCGUGGCAGAGUUUGGAAUCCACUCAAUCGGUCACCAGUACCAUCGAGCCAAACAGUAAUGGGCUGUACACAUGUCCACUGUGCGGUGAACAGUUUGAGUCUCUUGUAAAUAUGCAGC